AUGCAAGAGGAAUCGGAAGUGUGCAUCGUCCACCAUCUUACACGAGAACAAAGCGAAUCCCUUCAAUUCAAAGACGAAUCAAUGAAGCUGGGAACACUUCUUACGUUACUCCUGAUCAUUACUGCAGUCUCUGUGGAGGCCGGUUUCGGAUCAAGACUAAGGAAGGUGCUGAAGAGAAUUGGUAGACCGUUCGGUUUGCAAAAAUUGAAGGACUUGAAAAAUCUUGACAACAUUUUAUUCGGGGGAGGGAGAAGAGGCGUAAAGAAGGGGGCCGAAAUUGCUGCUGCAGGUGUGGCAGGGAAAGCGAUUUUAUCGGUCGCUGCCGGAAGACGUAAAAGGUAUGACUAUGGAAAAUACGUGAGCAUGAACAGUAAGCCGUUGUUUGUGGAAGAAUUGGGGCGAUUGUCUCUUACUGUUCCGCCUAUUCAUUUUAAAUCGGCUAUAGAUAGCUAA